UUAUAUUUUGUUCAGGCACAUGUUAGCCACCACUCGCGCGUCAUUAAGGACCCUUAACAGCAUAAUGGCGGCCUCAGGCACAAAAUCUGUUCUGUUUGUCUGUCUGGGGAACAUUUGUAGAUCGCCCAUUGCAGAGGCCGUGUUCAGGAAGAUGGCAACCGAUGCAGGUGUUGUUGAUAAGUGGAGAAUAGACAGUGCCGCCACCUCCACCUAUGAGAUAGGAAACCCCCCCGACGAUCGCGGUCUGGCCUGCAUGAAGAGGCACGGCGUGCCCAUGAGGCAUGUGGCCAGGCAGGUGACUAAGGACGAUUUCAUGAGCUUUGAAUUCAUUCUCUGCAUGGACGAGAGCAAUCUGAGCGAGUUGAACCGGAAAGCAAAUUUGGUUAAAAAUCACAAAGCAAAGAUUGAACUUCUUGGUUCGUAUGACCCACAGAAGCAGCUGAUCAUUAAAGACCCGUAUUACGGCAGCGAUGCAGACUUUGAAAAGGUGUACGAGCAGUGCCAACGAUGCUGCAAAGCAUUUCUGGAGGUGAACUUCUAAAAUUGUAAUAACAAGCCUGUCAUCAUGUAACUAAUUGUGGUCAAUGUCAUGACUGGACCACCACACGUUUCUUUGUCGCAUUUUAAACAACGUUGAGGAGCGUAGCAAUACAUGUGUUGUAAUAAAAUAUACAACUCCCUCAA